AUGCCGGCGGCCAUGGCGGCUGCGGCGGCGCAGAGGCUCCUCGCGGCGAGUACGAAAAUCAUCGGCGUUGGGCGCAACUACGUAGCCCACGCCAAGGAGCUCGGCAACCCGGUCCCCAAGGAGCCCGUCCUGUUCCUGAAGCCGACCUCGUCGUUCCUCCACGCUGGUGUGGCUACCGCCGCCGUGGAGAUCCCGGAGCCGCUCGAAUCGCUACACCACGAGGUCGAGCUCGCAGUCGUCAUCUCCCGGCGCGGACGCGACCUUCCUGAGGCGUCCGCCAUGGACUUCGUCGGAGGUUAUGCACUUGCUUUGGACAUGACAGCAAGGGACCUUCAAUCUGUUGCUAAGUCUGCAGGCCUUCCAUGGACUUUGGCUAAAGGACAAGACACCUUCACUCCAAUUAGUGCAGUAGUUCCAAAAUCGGCCGUCACUAAUCCUGAUGAUCUCGAGCUCUGGCUAAAGGUAGAUGAUGAACUAAGGCAGAAAGGAUCGACAAGUGAUAUGAUAUUCAAGAUUCCUUUUCUGAUCAGCUAUAUCAGUUCCAUCAUGACAUUAAUGGAGGGUGAUGUGAUACUGACAGGUACUCCUGAGGGUGUGGGUCCUGUCCGAGUAGGUCAGAAGAUCACAGCUGGUAUAACUGACCUAAUUGAUGUCGAGUUCGAUGUUCAGAGGCGCAAUCGGUCAUUUUCCACAUGA